AUGUCGACAGAUCCUCGUAUCCAUUACGACUCGGUGGUCAGGGCUGGCAUGUCCGAAGCCUCCCAGCGCCCUGAAGACUCGACGUUCGAUAUCUUUGAAUGGUACCCGCGCUACCAGAGCUGUCAACGCUAUUUCCUCGACCACGCCCAACACACUGUUCCUGUACAAGCUCUUUCCUCCUUCCUAAACAUACAUCUUCCGUUCCAGAGACAACCGACUCCGAUCUUUAACUCUGCGGCUGAUGCUUCUCUUUCCAGUCCACCCGGUGGAUCGCCAUCAGGGGUUUCGACAGCGCCAAGCGUGUCGAUGGUUCCCUACAUUCGCCGCCUGGUGGCAACAGGAAUGGACUACCCAGGUGUUUUGCAUGGAUUCUUCGGUGAUGACUGGGCGUCGGGAAUUGGCUCAUUGCACGAACAGGAGCGUCGCAACUUCUUCUUUGCCGCGAAGAGUGGAGGAUGGGCGGCUGUGAAAAAGGAUUACGAUAUCUUGCCCCUCGAGACUAUCCCAUUCCUCAGGCCACUUCAGGGAUCAGAAAAUGCCGAGAUUGAGGCCGCAGAGAAGAGCUGGAGCGAGUGGCUAGCAAUGGAGGAUUGGAUGGUCGGACCGCGAUCACCGGAUGAAAUGGCGGACGGACAAUCGAACACAUACUCGAGGCAUAGCAGAAGCACAAGGUCUUAG